CAUCUGUGCAAACAGUGCAGGACAACAGACAGUGCAGACAAAAAGUUACAAGACAAUACAAAAAAUACAAUACACAAAAGACAGUAAACAGAAACAGCGCUGAUCAGUGUGAAUACUGAAUGUUCAAACAAUAUUCCGUGCAGUAAUCAGGAUUUCCCGCAGAAAAUGUCUUGGUUAAGGCAACUUGCUUCUUUGUGAGAUAGACCACAGACUCUGUACUACGUUUAACAAUUAUUAAAAACAGGCACGUGCAACCUAGCUAGCAGAUGAAGAACUCAAACAACAAAAUCACCAGCUAACUUACUUUAAAUGUGCAAGAACUAUAGACUAAUACAAUAACAGGCUUAAAUAAACCCAAAACAUAAGUCCACUUACAGUUCUCACGGAUACACAUUUUAUUAUCUGGCUAGUUAUCCGCCACGGUGUGAAUUUGUCCGCGCUAUUCUCUGAGAUGCACUUGACGGCAUUCUGUGCAGCGGAAUUUUAUUUCCUGCAGUGCUGCAGGAAACCCUGAGUAAUACUAGAAGGAACACAGUUUCGUAGCAGCAGGUCCUUGAAAAUGUAUACUGCCGCUAUCUUGGAUCGUUUUGCCUAAAGCUGUGUUUUAAUACACAGUGUUUUUCCUGUUGAUUUAUCUAGGCUGCUGUUAAUCCUGUUUUUUGAUUGUUAGCAGACCUGCAAUCAUCCACACUCUCUAAACAAGCACCUGAGAGAUCACCAUAAGACUCUGGCAGAGUUCCAACCUGAUCAGCUUCUGAAGCAUCCUACAUAUCCUGCCAUCAACAACUCAUAGAUUACUGACUGUUCUGUCUAAGAUGAAUCUGUUCUAAACGAUCAGAUAUUUACAUCUGUGGUAAUCAUGCGGCAACUUCUGUUCUGUCCUAGAUUUCACCUGUGGCGACUGAGUUUGUUGUUUAAAAACUAUAAACCAACAUGAAGACCAGGGAGCUGACUAUGAAAGAAAAGAAAGACAUUUUGAAGCUGAAAGAAAAGGGAAAAACAAUCAGAGCCAUUUCACAGGAAUUAGGCAUAGCCAAUACAACAGUCUGGAACGUCCUGAAAAAGUAUGAAACCACCGGCCUACUAACAACCAGACACCGAACAGGUCGGCCAAGGAAAACUUCAGAAGUUGAUGACCGAAACAUUGUCAGAGCUGUGAAGAAAAACCCACAAACAACAGUCAGUAGAAUCACCAACAACCUCAUGAGGGUGGGAGUGAACGUAUCACAAUCCACUGUUCGGAGAAGACUCCGGGAGCAGAAAUAUCGAUUCCAUUACAUAAGCUGUGAGCCACCUGUCGGCAGCAAUAAACGGAAGGAUGGAUUUAAAGCAACAAAUAAUACAGAGAUGAGGGAUGAGGAUUUAAAAGAAGAACACUUUGAAUUGUGGCAGAAGACCGAAUGCGUCUAUAAAGUUUCAGCAGACUUGUAUAAUGACAGGACAGAAAGGAGCGCAGAGCAGAAAGACUCAAAGGAUGAAUCCAAACUUCCAAGUGCAUAGCUGUCUAACGCGCACACAAGCACUGUGUACAUCAUGAAACUGUUUUCAUGCUGGCUGAACAUCGCUUUCUUAUCGGUUUAAUCCAACACGAAUGACGUGUUCACCUCACAGGCCGUUACAGUAUCCUUCCUGAGAUUAUUGUACAGCUGGAACCUGCACAGCUUUGUGCAUACAAAUAGAACUCCGUUAGCUAGUGUGGUGCAUAAAGCUUAGUUUGUAGAGGUAAUAAUGAACAUUUAAUAAAAUGUUAAACAGUGUGAUGUUAUUUUUCUUUUAACUCAAGAUUUUGUUCCACACGUCCUGAUAUUUUAUAUACAUAGCAGUCUGUGUAUGUAAUACUCUAAUGAUCCGUAAUUCAACGUUAUAUGUAACAUAAUAAAAACAAGCAAAAGUUUACUUCCGGGAUUCCACAUUGAGGCGUGCUUUUCUAUUGGUCGACUCGACACGCUGCGUCUGACGUCCUACCGUAGCCAUUCUUGUAUGUGUCGCAGUGCACGUACAUCAUAACGACGGGUAAAAUAAUCUGCAGUCUGUGAAGGUCCAAUUCUGUCUCUCAUCCAUCACAAGACCUCUGGACCACUAUGGAAGGUUGCCAUUUAUCCUGUUCGUUUUAUAACUGUAAUCGGACCUACAAUCAUCCAGACGCUCUGAACAACCACCUGAAGGAUCAUCAUAAGACUCCUGCACAGUCUCUGCCUGGUAAGUCCUUCCUGUGCUCGACGAUAGGAUGUGACGGAUCUUUCGCCAGCAUGCAGCAGCUGAUGGAUCACAUGAGACAUCAUCACAAGCCGAAUUCUUUCUUCCUAUGCGAGAGUUGCAGAGCCAAGCUCCGCUCCUACCGCACUCUUCUCAAGCACCUUCAGACGUGCGCCAAGGUCGCCAAAAGCAAAGCGGCGAGAAUGGAGGGAGGUCCGACACCCGAUCUGGCUUUUUCUGGUGCCGAUUCCGAUCCUCCUGGUUCUUUUCCUUCUGUGGAUGAUUCUCAGCAGAUGGAGUCUGAGCCCUCACCACCUCCUCAAGGUUCACAACCGCCCUCGGCUCUUCCGGCAGACACUAUUGCUGCUUUUGAGCCCAUGAAGCUCCAGAAUCAGCCGGAUGCUCCCUACAGCCCGUUUCCCCCCAGCCUUUCUCCUGCACCUGAUCCCGAGCCACAGCGCUCUCCCAGAGUCGGCCCUGUUGGCAUGGUUACCCCCUCACCAUUCAUUCCACCAGGAUCUAACGCCGUCUGGAGGAAGAACCAAGCAGACUUGCCUGCGCCCAUUUUACACAGAUGGAACUCUCCUCAGGCUUUGAGUAGAGAGGAAGCCCAGGCGUGUAAACCGUCUCUCGCAGGUCAGUCAUUUAACAGUCGGAUCCUAUGGGAACACACCAGGGGGCGCUACAGCUGCCUUCAGUGCGGUCACUCCACCCCCGAGCGCAAAGAGAUGACGGCACACAUCGAGGGCCACCACAGGAGCCCGUGGGCCAAAACUAAUGACACUGGUAUCACCCAUGUUCUGCUAAUUAGUGGGUUCGAUUCAGCAGUCGGUUCUCCUUCAUCGCUGGUAAAAUCUUCAACCAACUCUGAGAACUCGAGUUACACCCAGCUUUAGAGUCACUUCGGAGUCAGACACUGAACGGAUUGGAAAUGACACAUCGCAUUACCUGCAUUAAUAUUUAAAGAUAUUAUGUAACGAUUAGCUGAAUCUCGCCGAUCUUCCACUUAUGUUUUAUUUUUACAUUGUAAUUGUGUGUUUAUUUAUAUAUAUAUAUAGUAUCUGUAGCUCAUUUCAAGGCUGUCUGUAUUUGAUUCGGUUGCAUGAACUUGGAUUGGAUUUGCUUGGAUCUAAUUGGUGCUUCAUUGUUCAUCCUGUAAUGUAUUGAUAAAAUGUUUGACUGGUCUGAAGCUGCAUUUGUUCUUUUUUUAAGUAAAUACUGACACUUUACUAAGGUGUACUUUAAAAAAAGUGUAAAGAUUUAACCCGAGCUCUGAAAAGAGACACUGCUCUAGAGCUAGAAGUCAGCUUCACACGUGAGUUAAUUAUAGGACAUUUUAGUAAUUCCUGUUUUAUUUUGUCUGUUGCUUAUAAAUGUUAAAGCUCAUGUCUUAUAUCAAUCUAUAGUCUCAUAGAUUGACAGACUGCCAUUUUUUUUAUUUUUAGUCAAAAGCGAUCUUAACUAGCUUACUAUAUUGUUAUAAAAGCUUCUUGACUUCUUGAAUACUAGUCAGCAAUCAAGAGUGAUAUUUGCUGAGUUUAUUCACAUUUAAGCUAGCUGAUGACUUUUCAUGUCUGUACUGAUGUUUCCUUUGUCAAUAAAUACAAAAGUUAUAAAGUG